AUGGACAAAUCAAACCCUUCCCAAGUUGAUGAGGCAACCCGAGAAUCAAGUAAGGACGAUCAAAUCAGGGAACUUCAUGAGAUGAAUGCUAAAUUAUUAGCAAUCUUGGAAACGCAGGGAGCUAACAAGCAUGAUGAAGAAGGAAAAAUUUAUAAACGACUGGCGGCACAUAAGCCGCGAAGCUAUGAUGGAGAGGCUGAUCCAGUCAAAUUUGAAGAUUGGGUAAGCUACAUGAGUAAGUUGCUGUAUGUAGUAAACUGUCCUGAAGGGAUGAAAGUGAGGCUGGCUUCCUUCUAUUUGAAGGGGCCGGCUGAUUUAUGGUGGCUCACCUUAAAAGAAAUUGCUAAGCAGCCUGAGUUUACAUGGGAAUGGUUUGUCGAAAAAUUAAGAGAGAAGUUCUUUCCUCCAGCCUUGAGGAGGAUGAAAGAGAGCGAGUUCUUGAGUUUGAGACAAGGAAAAAUGACCGUGCUAGAGUAUGCUGCAAAGUUCAUUGAGCUCUCUCGAUUCGCUAGUGAUAUUGUAAAAUGUGAAAGAUUGCAAGCCAUGCGGUUUUUCAAUGGUCUGAAUUUAAAAUAUCAAAAAAGGAUAGGUGUGUACACCUCAUUUGAAGACUUGUAUAAUCGUGCUCUUGAGCAUGAACGCAUAGAGAUGAAGGACGAGGAAUUCCGAAGGAAAAGAAAGGGAGACGGAAUGAGGGGAGUUGUUUCGAAAAAAACCUAA